AUGUCAUCAUUUGAAGCGUCUAUUAACUCCAACGUUGUGAAAAAACUUAAAGCACUUAUAGUAGAUGAUGACACUAUAACUCGAAUGAUCCUCAAAGCACUUCUAAUGAAAUUUGGUGUGGAAACUCAUGAGGCGAAAAAUGGCCAAGAAGCGAUUCUUGCUCAUCACUCCGGUGCAUGCUUUGAUUUGAUUUUGAUGGAUUUAUAUAUGCAAGUAAUGAAUGGUCGUCAAGCAAUUAAGGAACUUCGAGAUAUGCAUGUUUGUAGCUUGAUUGCAGGGAUGACUUCCCAAGAAAAAGAAGAAAGAGAAGAAAUCAUUCAUGGAUGCUAG